UACCUUUUGUUUUUGUAGCUGACGCGUACACAAGAUGGCAGCAAUUGAAGAGAGAGGAAAUCAAAUGGCAGUUGAAGUAAGAGGAGCAUACCGUUCCUAUGGAUCACUGUCAGUCCUUAAAGGCCUUAAUAUGGACGUGCCUAACGGCUGCAUCUAUGGUCUCUUGGGUGCUAGUGGAUGCGGGAAGACAACUCUUUUAAAGUGUAUCAUAGGCCGUCUCCAGCUAUCCGAGGGAUCAGUGAUAGUCCUAGGACAGGCCCCUGGAGCUAGGGGUCAUUCGAUACCAGGAAAGGAUGUCGGGUACAUGCCUCAGGAUUUAGCUCUAUUUGGUGAUUUCACAAUGUUGGAGACAAUGUAUUAUUUUGGUACGCUAUUUGGAAUGAGUCCUAAGAAAGUCAGAGAGCGCGGAAAAUUUCUUUUAGAAUUACUCGAGCUGCCCUCUGUUACUAAAACCAUUAAAAAAUUGAGUGGUGGGCAGCAGAGAAGGGUCUCAUUCGCAGUGGCAAUGUUACAGGAACCCCCACUGCUUAUACUCGAUGAACCCACUGUUGGUGUAGACCCUCUACUGAGAGCGAAAAUAUGGGAGCAUCUUCUUGAGCUGGUUCAGAGGACUAGGACUACCAUCAUUAUCACCACUCAUUAUAUUGAAGAAGCAAGACAAGCUCAUGUAGUUGGUUUGAUGAGGAAUGGUCUUUUACUGGCUCAGUCUCCACCCGAUGACCUCAUCAAGACUCAUGGAAUGACAACACUCGAGGAAGUGUUUUUAAGUCUUUGUCGUGAACAAGAGACACAAGAAAGGCCGCCAUCUCAGCUAUCGAUUCAACAUUCAUUCACAGCAUUAAAUGGAGGUGACGAGGAUCUUAAUGAAGAGACACCACUUUUAAAAUCCAAAAGAAAUAACAAAGCAAGCUGGACUAGUAAUGCUAAGAAAAUGUUAAAAUCAAUGUGUGAAUGUGAUCCUAUCAAUCCGUCCACCAUAUUACCUCGUCCAAGGAGCAUUGCUGCUCUCUGCUGGAAAAACUUCACUCGUAUUUACAGAAACCCUGGACUCCUCAUAUUCCAGUUCCUUCUUCCUGCCUUUCAGAUUGUAUUGUUUUGUUUAGCCAUUGGUGGCAAUUUCUCUGGAGUCAGUGUUGCCAUAAUGAACAGUGAUAGAGGAAUCAAUUAUUCUGAAGCAACGGGUAUGGGCGAGUACAUAUUCGACAAGUGCACUCCGUUUGAGAAUAUGGAUAAUUUUGGCUCUCUCUUUGUAUCGAAACUUGACGACAAGUCGUUAGAUUUUACGUAUUAUGAUAGUAUGACAGAUGCUGUGGAUGCUGUGAAGAAAGGCAAAGCAUGGAUGGCUAUAGUCAUACCAGAGAACUUCACUCAAGACAUGGUAGAGAGACUAGGAUCGAUAAUUCUACAGGACAACAUACCAGAUGAUAUUAUCAAUGGAUCCACUAUUGAAAUAUAUGAAGAUGUCACUGAUCUUCAGAUGACAUACACAUUGCAAAAUAAGACCACAGCUGCUUCUGAGCUUUUCCUUGAAGCUUUCAUUAAUAAUUGCAACAUUUCUAAAAAAGAUAUUUCAUCUCCACUCCAGGUCCACAAUCCACCAGUUUACGGCGGCUUUCAUCUCUCAUACACAGACUAUGUUGCACCUGGAAUGAUUGUCAGUAUAACAUUUGGUAUGUCCAUUGGUCUAACUGCUCUCUCAUUUGUCAUUGAGAGAAAGGAGGGCCUCUUGGACAGGACGUGGGUAGCAGGUGUCAAUGUGACAGAGAUGGUUAUAGCCCAAAUCCUCACACAGUGCAUCAUUCUCUUUGUACAGAGCACUAUACUCAUAAUACUGGUCAGGUUUGCUUUCAAGGUGUAUAUGGUGCAUCUAAGAAGUAUAUUUUUAGUUGAGUUAUUGACAAUGCUGCAAGGAUUGACAGGAAUGGCAUAUGGUCUAUUGAUAUCCUCUUUAUGCCAGCAAGAAACAUCAGCAAUGCAAAUAAUGGCCGGAUCAGUUUACCCUGUUCUCCUAAUGAGUGGUAUCAUAUGGCCACUGGAAGGGAUGCCCAAGUUCUUACGGUACAUCAGUUAUGCUCUGCCUACAACUUAUGCGGCUGAAGCAAUGAGAUCAAUAAUGGGAAGAGGAUGGGGCUUAGCUGAUAUGUUUGUAUGGAGAGGGUUCACCAUAACUAUUGCCUGGUUCUUAUUAUUUGGAGUAUUAGCUACCAUUGGUCUAAGACUAAGAAAAUGAUGAACUAAUGAUAAUAAUACUACACAGAAUAAUAACCAUAAUGUUUAUGUGUGUAUAUAUGUUAGUCUGCUAGAUAGUGCUAAUUUUUAAUGAUAUAAUAGUUAUUUAUUAUUAGUUUCCAAUAUUGAGAA